AUAGCCAAUAAAGCCACACAUCGAAAUGCAACGUAGAAAAAACGUGGUCAAAAUAAAACACCAAAAACAAAUAUAAAUAAACACGAUAUAAACAAAGAAAUUUUCUAAUGAAAAGCAACAAGAAAACAAAUAACGAUAUUGAAAAGGAAUCCGAGUAAAAAGAAAAUAAUUUAACAAAUUAUUGUGAAAUAUACCAUAAACAAUUUGCUUGUCAUUCUAUUAAUGUCAGCAGUGUUGAAAAGAGGAGCGAGCGACCGACCCGACCUGAUCUCUUAGAUAUUAUAGAAAUCAAUUAAAUUUCGAAAUAAGAUGUCCCAAAUAGAUAAUAUUAUCAUACAAGUUAGAGCACGUUUACAAUUGUUGGGCAUUAAGUUAUGGCUGGAACCAUACUAUUAUGAUGGUGUUGGCUGUGUGGAAGAGGAAAUUGAGAAAUUGGCUAAUAAUUUUAGCCAGGACUUGGGCAUGACAAAAUCCAAUUGUAAAUUAGCUUUAACAGAAUUACAGGAGGGGGCUCUACGUAAACUGGCGGCUCGUAAGGAAUUUGAAGAUACAGGUCUUGCCACUUUUAGUGUUCGUCGCAUUAACAACAAACAGGGUACACAAAGUAUAAUAGAAGUGAAAUGUGCCCUCAAAGCUUUAGGCAGUGAAUUACAAACCAUUGUGGCGAAAUCCUUGGACAUAGUUGAUCCCAGUCGUAUAAAAUGCAUAUCAGCGGGUAAAAUUAUAGAUCCCGAUAGAUCGUUAGAAAUACAAAAUGUCAAAAAUAAUCAACAAUUAAUGGUGAUCAUUAGUGAAGUGGAUAGAGGUGUCGAACAAAAUCAAGAGGAUGCCAUGUACGAUCGUAUACGUAAAAUAAAAAUGGAUGUUGAGUCUAUAGUGGAUUCAAGUCGACAAUUAUUUGAGAUGGAAGAUCAAGAUGGCAAUCCAGUAUUUUUACCACCCGCCGAAAAUCGUGCUUUAUUAAUGGCCUUGGGUUAUUAUGAAAAAGCACGUGCUGCCAUGAAACGUGAUCAUUAUGAUGAGGCCUUGGUAUUGCUGCUCGAAGCCGAUGAGAAAUUUAUUACCUGUAAUUCAAAGUUUUUGGAAGCCGUCGACAAUUAUGCUUUAGUUAAUUUGGAUAUUGUUUGGUGUUAUUUGUGCCUAAAGAAUGUUACCCAGUUACCUGAUGCCCAACGACGCUUAGAGCUGUGUGAGAAAAGUUUUCGCCGUUCGUAUGGUGAAAACUUUCAACGUUUGAUAACCCUUAAAGGCAGUGCCUGUCCUGAAAAAGCCUUAAUAAUGCGUUUACAUCUACUGCAAGGUGUAGUACACUUUCAUCAGAAUCGUCGCAAUGAGGCUUAUGAGAAAUUUGCAAUCGCCGAAACAGAGCUGGAUUCUCUUAAAGUUGACGAUUCUUUAGUGGCCGCCUUAGUUGAAAUGGGCUAUGAACCUUUUGAGGCACGCUUAGCUUUACGUUCAUGUAGUGGCAAUGUGGAACAGGCCAUCAAUUUUAUACACGAAAGAAAAGAAAAAUUAAAAGAGUCUCGUAAAAAUUCCAAAAAAGAAAGACAAAUUCAUAAGAAUUUAUCGACGAAAAUUGAUAAUGAUAAAGACUGGGUUAAUCCACGUAGUGUUUGCACUCUGAUGGAAAUGGGUUUCGAACGUGAUGUAGUAGUGGAGUCCUUAAAACGUUGCAAUAAUGAUGUGCCCAAAGCAUUGGAUCUUUUACAAUCUAGUGCCGAAGAAUUAAGACACAACUUACCUCCUACAGCCUCGGCUGAUGAUGAUAUAUUAUCACAACUCAAGCAAUUAGGUUUCAAUGAGGAAAUGGCUCGUGUUGCCUUGGAAACCACCGAAAAUAGUUUGGACAAUGCCAUAGAGUUUCUAAUGAAAAUGUAUGGCAAUGAAACGGAAUUGGUGGCUGCCAUGGAUCGCAUGACUGCGGCAGCUGCCUCUGCAGCGGCUAAUAUAGACUACGGAGGACCUUCUACAUCUUCCGGUGCCAGCUCUUUGAUUACAAAAGCUUUGGAUAAGGCUCAAAAGGAAAUGGAAUCUUUGAAGGCCUAUAAUAGAUUCACGGAAGAAAUAACUGACAACGAACAUGACUAUUUGGAUUUACCUUUAGUACAAGAAGAACAAUUUCUCGCCGAAUAUAAACGUUUACUAGAACAGUAAUAUGUUUGUAUUUUUUAACUUUUUUGUUUCCUUUUUAACUUCUUUUUUUUUUAUUAAGUUUAAAAACAUGUCUUGCUUAUUGAGUUUUAUUGUUGAAAUUGUUUUAAAAACUUCCUUUAUUUUACUAACAUAAUUUUCUUCUUGUUUUAUAUAAAUAUAAACCAGUUGGAAAUUUCACUUUAAAUCGUACUUUAACAAUAGCGAAACCAAAUCUUUAAGAUUGCUUUAGACGGAUUUUGUUGCCCGUUUAGUCAAAUUUCCAAACGGUUAUGUUUAUGUUACUAAUUGGCCAAUUUUUUUAUCUAGAUUUAGUGUUUUAUUAACAAAAAAAUCCAAAUUUUUGAGAAAUAAAUUUAACUUUUUAUAUGACUGUUUAAUAAAA